CCAAAGACUCGUCUUCACAAUUCAUUCUCUUCUUCUCUCUUUUUUCUAUUUUUCUGGCGUCUCUAAUAAAAUGGAGACAAAACCCUCUGUGAUCUUUUUGACCAUCACCAUCUUCUUCGUCUGCCUUCUUGUGCAUGUCACCUCCAAAACAUCAUCAUCUCUUUGCAAUGGAUCGGUGGCAGAGUGCAGCCGUGUGGUGGAGACAGAGGAAGUGACGGUGAUUAUGGAGUCUUGGUCAAGCCAGAGGCUGACGGAGGAGCAGACACGGAAGCUUUCGUAUGGAGCUUUGAGGAGGAACCAGCCUGCUUGCGACGGUGGUAAUCGUGGCGAAUCUUACUCCACACAAUGUCUUCCUCCGCCGUCUAAUCCUUAUAGUAGAGGCUGCUCUAAGCAUUACCGUUGCAGGCGUGACUCUUGACCAUUCAUUCACCAGCCAUCUUUAUGAAUCUUUAUGUUAUGUAACUGUAUACCCAUAUAUAUGUUCUUUUAAUUUGUUAGUGAAAUUUGAAUUGUUUUGGUUCGAAUUGUAUAAUCUCUUUUCAAUCUUUGUAACACUCUGUGAAUCUGGGGUUUCGUUUAUUAGAUUAAAAAAAGUGUUGGGUCGAAAUCAAAAUCUGAAAAAGAUAGGAAUA